AUGGCAAGCAGCCGAUUAGAACGCAUUGGCACUAUACUAACAAGAGUGGAGGGUCUUCUCACACGUGGUGCUAUGAAACCUGACGAUAGACCUCUAUGGUUCGAUGUUUAUCGAGCAUUUCCCCCAUUUACUGAACCAAAAAUGGCUAAACCAAAACCAGAGAUCAAGCCCAUCCGACAAAUAUUGUAUCAGGAAGAUAUCAUAAGAGCGAAGUUUCAUUCAAAAGGAUUGGGCUUGGGAACUACAAAUAUAUUAAACCCUAAUAGUGAGACACAUAUGAAAAGAUUAAUUAGCCAAUAUCAAAAACUAAAAUCUGAUGGUGUCCCAGAGGAAGAGUUAAUCGAAAAGUCAGCUGAAAUAGUUGAUGGUGAGCGUCAGCGCCAAGAAAACAUCAAGGAACCUAAAUAUAAAAAUACUGUAAGUCCCGAGUCUGUGACAACACAAGUGUUAGCAGAAGCAGAUUUGAAAAAUAUUUUUAGCGAAAAGUGA